AUGGCGGGGCAAAAUCCAGGAUCUCCAACUGAUUUUCAAUAUUUCUACGAAGAUGAAGUGUAUAAAAUCAAUAACCGCGGUCAAGUCGUCUUCGGUCUGGUUCUCGAGAAUUAUGAAGCGAAUUCUAGCGACCAAGAGAGUGACAUGGAAACUCCUAUUCAAAAAGGAGAAAUUCGCGUUGUAUGGCACCCUUCCGGCACUGAACGGGUGGUGUCCGAAAAGUCGGUUGGACUUGCGGAUCGUUCCUUGAUGCCCGGUGAUGUUGUCAGACGUUUAAUAGCUGGCAAGGAUACACAGAGGGGCUAUUGCAGAGAUAUAGAAAUGACGGCAGCUUUGCAGAUUGUUGGGACCAAGCAUGUUAUACCUAAUGUUGCUAGCGAGAGACUGCAACCAUUAGAGGAAUUUACUCCAGAUCUUGCCGUGUGCCUUGAUUCGUGGGUUGGAACUUCCAAGACUGUUCACAGCAAGUUACGCCUAGUGUCAUCUGAUGGAUCCCGUCUAGAAUAUCCUGAUCUUGACACUUGUCCAUUAGAGGACUACUCGAUGCGUCGUCGCCGUGCAACACCCUACUCAUCAUCAGAGUUCUAUCCAGGACAAGUGGUGUAUGGCCCCCUGGGUUCGUUAGAUAAUGCUAAUUGGUUGAACAUGACGAAGGAAAUGAAAGCUGCCAGGAAACACAAGAUGCAUGAUCACAAGUUCACAGUGGAAUCGGUCAUCACUGAAAGUGUAAGUGUCCACUGGCAGUGCCGAGCUUUGUGCACUAACGCUGCUGAUUCUGCUCUGCCCCAACAACCCAAGUUUAUCGUUGAAGGUGAAGAUUUGAAGAGACUGAAACUGCUCAAUGUCUUCGAGCCAUGCACCCUACAGGCUGGGGAUAGGAAUUUUCUAACAAUUGGCCCGGAAGAUUCCUUUAUAAGCAAGAGACAAUGGCGCAAACAGCAGAGUAAAUUCUUUAGGAACCUACGAAAAUACACAAGACCAUCGAAAAAGUCUUCAAAAACUGGUACCACAGCAGAACACUUACCUUCUCGUCCGAAGAAGAGGGCCUCCACCCAUCGCAAAAUUAAAGCUGGCGAGAAUGAUAUGGACAUUGAUGCAGCUUAUGAUAAGAUGAAAAAGGAUCUAGAUGAAGCUCUGGCAGCUGCGGCCAACCUCCCCAGCAUCAAGAUUGAGCCCAGCGGAGAUGUUUGUCAAGCCUCAAACAACUUGGAAGAUAAUGCAGCUGAGGAGAAAAACGAUUCCGGGAUAAGCCCUGAACCUGCAAAAGAAGAUGGGAGUCUUCUAAAUGGUGAAAGAUCUCUGGAACAACUUAAUGAUGACGAUUCUGACAAUUGGGAGAACACUAGCAGCGAUGGCAGCGAUACAGACAGUGGAGCAACAUGGUCGUCGCGUUGCUCUUCCGUUGCGUCUGGGUCGGGAAGGGGCAAACGUUCCCCACAACUGGCGGUGCGCCUUUUACGCGGCAAACGAUUGAAACGCGCCCCAAGACGCGCUCCACCCGCUCCCCCGCCCCGCAGAAAUGAACGAGUCGUCGUCGAAACACUUCACACAAGUAGCAGAGCUAACGUUGUAUGGCAGGACGGCACAAUCGAGAUGGGCAUACCGUCCACUCAGCUGUACCCGAUACAUCAUUUGGACGGGCAGGAAUGCUUCCCGGGAGAUUUCGUGGUCAACGGCGCUGCUAAUGUUGAAGAGAACCAACAGUUGAGGCACAGGGAAUAUGGUGUUGUGCAACGGGUAGACCACCACGGCCGCACAGCCAUUGUGCAUUGGUACCGGACGUACACGAGCGCUGAUGACCCAGUACCACAAAUGCUAUACGAAAGUGAGAUGAGUGUUUACGACCUGAAGGACCACCCCGACUUCCAGUACCGGCCGGGGACCGUCGUAAUCAGGGUCGCCAACUUCACUGGUGAAGACGCCAAUUGUACUGCUGGACAGGUUAUCGACAAUUUCCCGUCUGGUCGCGUGAAGGUAUGGUGGGUGGAUGGGCACACGAGUAUGUGCUGGCCACAGGAUCUAUACAAGGUAGGAGAAUACGACUCGGAAGAUGGAGAUCUUUGGGGCUCCGAUGGUUCCGCUUCGGAGGACUCGUGGGAGACUCAGAGCUCUGCGCACGAGUUCGAACCGCGCACCCCGGAGACGCCCCCGGCUGGUGAAAACGCACCGACCGGGGACCAUAUUCCAGCUCCUAUGUUGCCCCACAGCGAGGAGUCUCCCCUCAAUCUGAUGGCGGUCGGUUCGAAUAAGACAGAAUUGACGCCGCGGCUGCUGGAACCUCGGGUGGCGGCGCACAUAGAGCGUGGGCGGGUGGCAAUGCGACGCCUGGAGCAGAUGUUUGCAGAGCAUCCCACGCUCCAGAGCCAGGAGAUAAUGCGAAAACUACUAAACCUUUACAAAGACUGCCGCUUCUUGGAUCGUUUGAUGGGGACUACUUUCUUUCACGAGGAUCACUUCUUAGGUCUCAUAGAACGUGUGAAAGAACGCGGUGCAACCACACCGAGAGCUGGUGAGCGCCGCGUUCACGAACAACUAGCGAGACUGUUCGCGACCGAAUCUCAAACGGAGACCCCAGCUGAUGCUCGCGUUGAAGACCUGUUCACGAGCGAGCACGGCAAACCGAUAGUGGCAGCUAACGUCACGGAGAAAGAGGAACCCAUGGAUGUGGAUCUAAGUAAUCCAAAGAAAUCUGCAUUAAAUCUCAACUUGGAUUUGGUGCAAGCUACAUGUUCAGAAAUCAGCAUGCAAGAUGCUACAGCUAGUAAUGAAAAUUCGUCAACAAAGAUGUCCGACGCCGACGCACCUACCCGCAACGUGUGUUACAAGCUCUGCUCUCUCAUUCACGCUCAGCUUGUGAAAGCGCACGCCGAAGUGAGCCGGAGAAGGCCGAUUCUGUUAGCCUGCUUCCUAAACAACUUAAUGAUAAGGAAAGUAACGGGCGAAGAGAAGUUACCCUACCACUUUUCAGUUCAGUAUGGAGCGCUGGUGAUAUGUAUGACGGAUGAUAUCGAAAAGCAGGUGGCGAAGAGCGUGGAAGGGAAAGACAACGCGACCACUAAGUCGGAUGGUACAGGAUCAGCCCCAUCAGACACAGCUCCCCUUGCUACAGCGGAAGGAGACAUAGAAGCGGAGACACCACUGGGUGACAGCGAGAACCCAGCGGGGGGCGAAGGCUUCACCGUCUUGGAGUCUGCCCCGGCCAACCACCGCUUCCGUCUCUCCAUCCUGCAGCCCAGCGAGCCCAGGAGCUUUUACUCAGCGGUUAAGCGAGAGAUAACUCUCCUGAAGAGUGAUCUUCCUUCAGGGGUGUGGGUUCGCGGCUAUGAAGACCGAAUUGAUCUGCUGUCAGUCAUGAUAGCGGGUCCAUCCCGCACCCCCUACGAGGGGGGGCUGUUUGUGUUCGAUGUUCAACUAGGUGGGGAGUAUCCCCGCGCACCACCCUUAUGCCACUACCACUCCUAUUGCAGUGACAGGCUGAAUCCCAACUUGUAUGAAGAUGGAAAGGUGUGCGUAUCUCUGUUGGGUACGUGGUCCGGUCGCGGCGUUGAAGUGUGGGGCAAGGACAGUUCCCUGUUGCAAGUGAUCGUUUCGCUACAGGGGCUCAUCCUCAAUGCGGAGCCCUAUUUCAACGAGGCUGGCUACGAGAAGCAAAAAGGGACCCAGCAAGGCACUGAAAACUCGCGCAUGUACAACGAGAUGGUGCUCCUAAAGCUAGUGCAGUCGAUGACGAAGAUGGCGCUCAACCCCCCACAGCCCUUCCGCGAAGAAAUACUUCAGCACCUGCGCACCACCGCCGGCGACCUCUGCCGGCGUCUCGAAGGUUUAGUGGCGCUCUCCAACCAGCAGCCGACGGACAUCGACCCCCCGGAUUACCCCCUCAUACCGGCCUCGAGGGGCUUCUGUCUCACCCUUCGCUCGUCGCUCGAGUCCUUCCGCAGCGCGUUGCGCCGCCUCGAAAUCCAGUUCCAAGACGCCUUAUAG